AUGGAUAAGAUAAAGAUCUCCAGUUUGGAGCUGUUGCUAAGGCUACCAGGAGAUCCUGCUGGUCAACUGGUGAUAGUGUCAGAUACAUCUAUGUUAACAUGCGGUUGUUUAAUAUCUGAAUCUUGGUUUGGAACAGGAUCAAGUUGUCCAAAUUGUGGUAAAGAAAAUGUAUCAAUCCUUUCUGAAAUCAAACCUUUAAGAGAUCUAUAUAAGAUUAUCCAACAGUUGAAUACUCAAUUGGCUGCUGUGUCAAUUCCUACACCUACAACUUCAAACAAUAACAUCACCGCUCCUCCUCUGCUUAUGGCAAAUAGUAGAAGGAGGAGAUCAUCUUCUAAAAAGAGUAUUAAGGCUGGUACACUCGAUACUUUUAAUGAAGGCUCACAAUUCCAAUCCCAAGAUUCCAUGGAUUUAAUAAGUUUAUUUUAUAAGUUUGCUAAAGAAGAAGAAUAUGUUCAUAUUGAACCACCACCAUCUACAUCACCAAAUAAUUCUAAAGUUCAACCUAUAAGUAUUCGAAAUAAAGGUAAUGGUACAACCAAUCCUGAAAAACAUGAAAUAGGUUCAUCAUCAUUGAAUCUGUAUCAAAACUCCACCUCAAUCCUGCCUAGUCAUAAUGCUCCUCAUUUAAAAGUUGAUCCUACAGAUAGUUUAAAGAAUCAAAGUUUAGAAUUUGAAAAGAAUUUAUUAAAGGGUUUAAGUGAAGAAAAAGAAUAUAACUUCAGUAAAUGCUUCCCAUUCUAUCGUAAAUCAUCUACAUUCCCAACUCAACAACUUAAGUUUUCUAUGAGUAAUUUAUCAUUUAAAUCAAAUUCAAUCAUGAAGAAAUCAGCUCGAUUUAUAGGGAGUGAUAUAUAUACUUAUUUCGAUUUCGCAUUGGGUAAUGAAGUGACCCGGUUUGUAUUGAUAUCAGAGAAGAGAUGGGAAUUAUAUGAAUAUAUUGUCCCUUUGAGUGAGACUGAUACUGCAUCAAUCAAACCGCAAAUGAUAUGUUGUGGGAAACUGACAGGAGAAUAUGGUGAAAAUAUUAAUAAUUUAAAUACUUUCCCAUCGACGAGUUCUGCCAUUAAAGAAAUUGUUAUUAAAAAUGAUUUUAAUUCUGAAUCUUCUAAUGAUUCAGAUUUAAAAAAGAGAUUACAACAAUGGGAUCAUCUUUAUUGUAAAUUAUCAAAAAAUUAUUUAUUCAUCUCCGGUACAAAAGGUGUAAUGAGAUUAUUUAAUCUUAAUAGAAUGUCACCUUAUACAUUUGGUCAACCUAUUUAUACAUAUGUUACUAAUUUCCCUAUACGUUGUGUAUCAAUCUCCCCUAAUGAUAAACUUUUGGCGUGUGCUAUAACUGCUAAGGAAAGACUUUCAAGUAAAGAACAACCUUUUAUCGUUUUACAUCGAUUGCAUGCAUCUGAUGAUGGAUAUUUACAUUCAGUUGAGCCUAUAACCAUUACCAUUCCUUAUCGUGAUCCAAUUAAAUUAUUAAAUUUCAAUGCUACAUCAACUCAUUUAUUAUGUUGUACAGCUUGGGAAUCAAGAUAUUUAAUUAUAAGAUUGAGAAAUAUGACAGGAGGACCUAAUGAUUCUUCGGAAAAUUAUAGAAAGCCAAGAUUAAUUUGGUCUGAUCAAAGUUAUAAAUCAAAUCGAAGACAUCGUGGAGGUGAGAAUGAUGGUGAAGAUGAAGAACAAAGAGAAAAUGACAAUGAUUUAAUGAUGACUAAUGAAGGAGUAACUGAUGUACAAUUUGGUAGUUUACAUUCUAAUACUAUCAUUUUAUCGUCCUGUUCAUUAAAGAGUAGACCUCCAAUGAUAGUAAGAUUGGAUGGAGCCUUAAUAGAUUCCAAUCGAAAUCGAUCUGUAUCAGAUAGUCAAACUAGUAUAACUAGUGUAGGAGGUGAAGAUGAUGAAAUUAAAUCAUCAGAAACUGUCACUAAAUUUCCUGAAAUAGGAUCAUCAAUCUAUAGUUUUGCCAUGUCUCCAAGAGGUGAUGGAAUCGUCUUCCUUGAUAAAUCAGGACGAUUAUUCUUGGUAUCUACCCCCGGAUUACGAUUCAAUUCUACUACAAGUUUAGCCACUAAUAAGAAUGUGGUUGUAUUAUUAGGUGAAGUUUCCAAUGCUGAACGAUUCACCGAAGCUGCAUCGAUCAAAUUUUCUCCUGAUGGAGGGAAAAUCUUUGCUGUCGAUAGGAAAGGAAUCCUAUCUGUAUUUGAUUUCACUAAGGGUGUACCUGGUGAUGAUCUUGAUGUGGUUAAAUGUAAAAUACUUAAUAUUUAA